CCAGCAGCCAAUGGCGGAGCCGGCGGCGCCCCCGCCUUUCCUGCCCGGCCAAUAGAAACUUACUACUAUGUUAUUGGGGGGAGGGGGCGCGGGGUCUGGGGCCGCUGGCGCCGGUGGGUGAGGAGGCAGCGGCGCGCCUGGAGCCGGCGGGAUCCCCCGCUCUCCCGCCCCGGUGUGUGAGGAGAGACCGCCCGGCCGGUUUCAUCAUGACAACAGAGAAGAGUCUAGUGGCUGAGACCGAGAAUCCUAAGCAGCAGCAGCAAAAAGAGGAGGAGGUAGCUGCUGAAACACAGAAGCAAGAGGCUUCUUUGGAGGAGGCUUCCGAACAGGCAUCUGAGGGGCAUAAUCAAACGGGACAGAAACAGAAGGCAUCCAACGGUGAUACCCCCACACACGAAGACCAGAGCAAGAACAAAGAGCGCUGCACUUCUGAGAGUCGGGGCCUGUCACGCCUAUUUUCAUCAUUUCUCAAAAGACCCAAGUCUCAGGUUUCUGAAGAAGAAGGCAAAGAAGUGGAGAUUCCACAAGAGAAGGGUGAAGGAGGUCAGAAAGAGACAGAUCUAGGAGCCAGUCCUAAUGAAGAAAUCCUGCUGAAGGCCCCAAUAGCAGCUCCUGAACCUGAACUCAGGACUGACCCAUCUUUAGAUCUUCAUUCACUAAGCAGCGCAGAAACGCAGCCUGCUCAGGAGGACAGGAGAGAAGAUCAAGACCCAGAGAGCAGAGACCUUGAGAUUAAGGAAGGAGACGGAGUGCAGGAAGAGUGUUCCAAGGCAGAGUUGAAAAGAGAGAGCCCUGAGACAAAAACAGGCCAAGAAUUAAAAGCCACCCAGAAAUCAGUAAGAAGACACAGAAAUAUGUACUGCAAGGUUUCCUUGCUGGAUGACACCAUUUACGAGUGUGCAUUGGAUAAACAUGCCAAGGGUCAGGAUCUGCUUAGAAAAGUAUGCGAGCACCUCAAUCUUCUGGAAGAAGACUACUUUGGACUGGCCAUAUGGGACUCUCCAACUUCCAAGACAUGGCUGGAUUCUGCCAAAGAAAUAAAAAAGCAGGUUCAUGGAGCCCCCUGGAACUUUACAUUCAAUGUGAAGUUUUAUCCACCAGAUCCAGCACAGCUGACAGAGGAUAUAACCAGGUAUUAUUUGUGUCUUCAGCUUAGACAUGACAUUGUUACAGGGCAUCUGCCUUGUUCCUUUGCAACACUGGCCCUGCUGAGUUCUUACACAGUCCAGUCUGAAUUGGGAGAUUAUGACCCGGAGUUACAUAGCUCAGAUUAUGUCAGUGAGUUUAAACUGGCCCCAAACCAGACAAAGGAACUUGAAGAAAAAGUCAUGGAACUACAUAAAACAUACAGAUCCAUGACUCCAGCACAAGCAGACCUUGAAUUUCUUGAGAAUGCAAAAAAGCUAUCUAUGUAUGGAGUAGACCUUCACCAAGCCAAGGACUUGGAGGGAGUUGACAUCAUUCUGGGAGUCUGUUCCAGUGGCCUUCUUGUCUAUAAAGAUAAACUGAGAAUCAACCGCUUUCCUUGGCCCAAAGUGCUGAAGAUUUCCUACAAACGCAGCAGCUUCUUCAUUAAGAUCCGGCCAGGGGAGCAUGAACAAUAUGAAAGUACCAUUGGAUUCAAACUACCUAGUUAUCGGGCAGCUAAGAAACUGUGGAAAGUCUGUGUUGAACAUCACACUUUUUUCAGGCUAACUUCCCCUGAAGCACUUCCCAAAAGCAAGUUCCUGGCACUGGGCUCUAAAUUUCGUUAUAGUGGACGGACGCAGGCCCAGACAAGACAAGCUAGUGCAUUGAUUGACAGACCUGCUCCGCAGUUUGAACGAACAGCAAGUAAACGGGCAUCUAGAAGCCUUGAUGGAGCUAAACAUACGUCUCAAAAAAUUGAGGUCAGACCUAUAUUGGAGGAGAAGCGGGAGGAUGUGGUGAUGGUUGAGAUUCCAGAAUCAAAACCUGUGGAACAGUUCCGAGAGAAGCCAGCCAAAAAUACUUUUGAAAAUAUUGAGAUGAAACCAAUAGCAGAAGAAGAAGAAGAGGAGAAAGUGGAGGUGUUUAAGGUUACUGUUCCAGAAUCAAAAUUAAUGGAACCAUUCCAAAAACAGCCAGUCAUACAUGUCCAUGAAAAUAUUGAGAUAAGCCCAAUAGACGAAGAUGAGGAGGAAGAGAAAGUGAUGACGAUGAAAGAUCUAGAACUAGAGCCCAAUUUUCUGGAACCAGUGCAAAAGGAGCCAGCAGUAGCGGUGGUUACACCUGACCGAAGCCCACGGCCCACCUCUGCACCAGCCAUUGCUCAGAGACAUGUUGCUGAACCUACCCCAUCAGCUGCAUCAGAUACCAAGGAAAUAGUAGUAGUUUCUAAAGUGGAGAAGGAAGCUGUGGAAACUGAGGGAAAGUGGGAAGAAAUGCCACCUGAGAAGGCCAAGAUGGAGCCAUCUGAAGUGGCCAAGGUGGGGAAAACACACAUGGAGGUCACAUUGCCUACCACAAAUGGUGACCAGCCCCAGCAGCCUGCAGAAAAAGAGGAAGGUCCGACAAGAAUGAGGAAGAAAAGAUCAAAGAAACUAGAUGGUGAAAACAUUUAUAUCAGGCAUAGCAAUUUAAUGUUGGAGGAACUAGAUAAAACUCAAGAAGAAAUAAAGAAACAUCAUGCUAACAUCAGUGAGCUGAAGAAGAACUUUAUGGAGUCCGUCCCCGAGUCCCGGCCUAGUGAAUGGGAUAAGCGCCUGUCUACUCACUCCCCCUUCAGAACAUUUAACGUCAAUGGGCAGGUCCCCACCGGAGUGGAAGGAAGUCUGUGUGACUUUCUCCCCAAAAUGGAUGUGGAUGCAGUGACAGAGAGGAAAAGUACUAACCCUGACUUUGAAUUGGAGGGCCCAAAGUAUUCAGUAGCCUUUAGUGAGAACCAAAUGUCAACUCCACCAGAGUCUUUACAAAGUCAUGACUUUGGCACUUCCUCCCUAAGCAGGGAGGAGGAGGAGAGAGCUCCUGUAAUCCUUGCGAGCAAGGAUGACCUAACAUGUGAAAAGGGUUAUGCAGGUGUGAAAAAGCAGACAGAUGACACAGAUGAGCAGUCUGAGGUGGAGACUCCUACAAUUUCUGUUUCACCUCCACUGCAUCCCUGUCAGAGAGAGGAGGAGGCAGAGAAUGUUGAAGAAAAUUAUUUUACAAGAGAUCCACUUAGAAAGCUAAAUGGAGAGUGUCACGACUCGAAUAUUGAUGAUGGGCUUCCCACACUCAUUCGCUGUUUUCAGCCACCCCUAGUGAAGACUCAGACAGUUACCAUCUCUGACGUGUCCAAUGCUGUGAAAAGUGAAAUUCCAACAAAAGAAGUUCCCAUUGUUCACACAGAGACCAAGACUAUCACCUACGAAGCGGCACAGACAGACGAUGGCAAUGGGGACUCAGACCCCGGAGUUCUGCUCACUGCUCAGACCAUCACAUCAGAGACCACCAGUAGCACAACCACCACACAGAUUACAAAGACUGUAAAAGGUGGAAUUUCAGAGACAAGAAUUGAAAAAAGAAUUGUCAUCACAGGAGAUGCAGACAUUGACCACGAUCAGGUUCUCGUGCAGGCCAUCAAAGAAGCAAAAGAGCAGCACCCGGACAUGUCUGUGACCAAGGUCGUUGUCCACCAGGAGACCGAGAUUGCUGAAGAAUAGCCAGGCUAGGAGAUGUUUCUCCCUGACUGAGAGAACACCAGAAAGGGAGGAGAGAGCGGUGGGGGAAAAACUGCAGAGAAACUACCUGGAGCACAAAGACCACAGCUUUACAAGAUUUGCUGUCAAUAACUGAACAUUCAUAUCACUUACUAGGAGUUAUGCUUUGACAUUUACUUGGGAUUUUCCAGCAUAUAGUGGAUCCUUUUGAAUAUUUUUAUAUUGUAAAACACAGUAUGCCAUACUUCUCACUGUACUGAAUGUUUGUUUUUUUAAAAAAAAGGUUUUCAGUUUUGCGUUCCCUCAUGCAUAGCCUCCAUAGGUCCUCAUAAUCAGGGUUGGUUCUUAAGUCUUAUUCCUUCAGCCUCAUCAGAUAUACUGGGUUUAAGCCACGCUCGUGCAUAUCUUAGAAACUGCACCUUAGAAUAACAGCUGUUUGAAAACCCCAGUGAUUGAUGGGGCCUUCUGCCAGAAGAAUCAGUUUACUUAGAUGUCAUUGUGUGGUAUUUCUACUUUCCUCUUGCAAUUGGCCCUAGAUAUUUCCAGAAAACUCCAAGUCACGCUACCCAGGUGCACAAAACAGAGUUUCUAUACCUUUACUCUGCACUUCCUUGCUUUUAUGGGUUUUGGUCCAUUGAUGAUGAUUGAACAUAGUGGGGGUUUUUUGUGGUGUAAUAUUCACACAUUUCAGUAGUUGGCUAGAUUAAGGAAUACUGGAAGUUGCUUCACAUCUCUCUUAUACUGUGAAUUCUAGAGCUUUAAGAGAACUGUGACAGGGCACUACCCCUUCCUGCUCCUCAGAGACUGCAUUUCUACUGAAUGCUACCUAUCUAUUUUUGCUUUCCAGAUGCCAUUUAAAUAAGUCUAUAGAAAUGUGUGGUUAAGGGGUUUGGGCUCUGAAUGCUAUAUGGUAGGCUAUGCAGCAUUUGCAAUAGUUGAUUUCUCAGUGUCAGACUUUUAUUUAUGUUUAAUUUUUAAAUAAGUUUGUAAAUCAUGUUUUUUCCAGUACUAUUUAAAGCUAAGCACAUUACCCACAAAUCAGGGCAGAGUGUGUAUAAUCUUAAUUUAAUUUAAAAUCAUCUCUCAGACACUCUCACCUUUCUAGACAUGUAAGCUUGAUUUGGGCUGGCAGUCCAAGACAUUGUCAUAGCUGUAGGUUAUAGCAACCAGUGGGAACAGAGUCAAACUGUUUGGAAAGUGCACGUGCUCAGAUCACUGGCAUUCCCCUCUCCACAUAAAUUAAGGUUCUGUAAUACAUUGGCUCCUUCACUGCCAUGCUGCAAUGAAACACCAGGGCCAGAGCUGGCUGCAGUUUUCAGCUUCUGGAUGAUGGUGCAUUCAGGUCUAUAAUGACAGCUGCUGGUUUUAAAACACCCCAUGUACUUUACCAAUAAAGCACUGAAAGUAUUAUUUCUAGAUACUCCUGUCAUAUCCACUAUAGCAGCUUAUGGCAUACUUAGUAGAGGUUGUUUUUUUUAAUUGUAAUAAUUUUUAAAGUAUUUUUAGAGAGAAUGUGUGUGAAUAGAAUUUUCUACGUGGAGAUGAUCCAUAAAUUUGUAAGGUGACCACUGUGGUGUUAAUCAUGAUUUUCAAAAUGAGAGAGUAAUGCUUUUAUGGGGGUAGACAGCAGCAGGAGAUCACCACCACCUGUUUGGAUUUAAUGGAAACCUCUUAAUCAUGCCCUGGUUUUUCUUUCCAGCAAUAUUUUAAAGUUUUGUAAUGAAUAGAGUUGCGAGCAAUAUUUUUUUAAAGAUAGAGCUUUGAAGUUGUAAUUCUGUAUUUGGUGUGGCAUACCUCUAGCCGUGAGGGAGAAGAGCCCUUUGCUGCUAAGCUACAUUCCAGGAUGAGAAGAAACUGGCAGUAAGUGCUUUACUGAAAGUUUGACAAUGUUUUUUGUUUUUUUAAAAAGAGGUAGAAGACUGAGCUAGACUCAACGACUUACUAUUUGAUUGAAAAAUUGUCUUUAAAUGGCACUGUCUUCACAAUUAAAAUUGCACCCCACCUUAAAGUAAAUUGUUAGUAUUGGCUGGAGACACUGUCUUUGAAAGGAUUAUGGAGCUGCUUGAAUACUGGUGUAGUUAUCAGCAUCUUGCUUCCUAUGAAGGCAGCUGUUUUGGGGGAUGCUACUUUACCUCCUCUAGGCAGACAUUUAAAUGUGCAGUUUGCUGGUGAACUGCAAUUUAGACCCCCUUUCAGUCUCUCAGGGUUGCACCCUUUGGCUGACAAACCUGGUUUCCUGCUCUGGGUGGAACCACAUGGUCUUUAGACGGGAGCUCCAGGCCCUCUGUUUACCAGCCACAAAAAUCUGACAGGCCCAACCUGAUUGUGCAUCUGUAAGGCAAUUUCCUCCCAGAAUAAGCUUGCAGUGACACAAUUUUGUCAAAACAAAGCAUUUCACUCGUUCAUCCGAAAGGUAUAUAGCACAGAGGGUUAGUAAGGGCUUGUCUACGCUUUGGGUUAAACCAGGCUUCAGAGAGCACACUAGGGAAAGCGCUCCAGUCUGUCCACACUGAGAGCUGAAAGCGCACUGGCAUGGCCACAUUUGCAGCACUUGCAGCUGUAUUGGGAGUGGUGCGUUAUGGGCAGCUAUCCCAGCUUUCAAGUGGCUGCAGUGUGCUUUUCAAAUGGGGGGGUGGAGUGUGUAUGUGGGGGGAGAAAGAGUGGAUUUUUGGGGUGCUGAGAGCUUGUCAGCAUGCUGUCUUGUAAGUUCAGAUCCACUCCUUCCCCCACCUCUCUCACUCACUCAAAGCAAACAUUAGCUGUUUGUUUUUUUUCUCGGACCAGAUAAGCAGCCGGCACUCCCAAACGGAGCUUGGGAGGAAUGCGGAAGUGGCCCUUUCAGAGUUCACAACAAAGACAAGAGAGGCCACUCAAUCAAAGCCUGUCACGUAACUCCUCAAUUACACUGGAGCUGCAGCGUCUCACCCAAUACGCAACAGCUGUUAAUCCUCUCGUGGAAGUGGAGUACCAGGAGCACUCCAUGUGCCUUGCCAGUGUGGACAGGGAGUAAGGUUGAGAGCUCUAGGAGGCUUUAUUGCAGUAUAAUGUGCAAGUGCAGGCAAGCCCUAAGAGGCCUAUAUGUAUGAGUCAACCUCUCUAACCAUAGCUUAGGUAGGCCCAGUUUAUACCAGCCCCUGCUCCUGAAUCUGAGGGUUAGUUUGCAUCUCCACAGCCCUUUUCAGUCUGCUGCCAAACCUGUCUCCCCUUCCCUUUCUUAGGGGCAAAUCCUACAACUGGCUACUGUCUUACUAAGGCUGAAAAGGGAGGGGUAAAAACAUCUCUGUAGCUUUGCUGGCUCCUGGUGAGUACAACUAAUAAUCUGGCAGGUGUGGUUGAGCAUUUGCUGGGAUGUUCAUUAUCUAGGUCAUUGUUUUGCCUUUCCUGUUUGGUUGCUCUAACAUGCUAUUGCAAGCAGUAUGCACAAUAUUCAUAAAAAGUUUCCUAGUUCUUCAUAGCUGGCUUCAUGGGACUUUUAGAGCCACCAAAUGUUUAAUCUGCUCAUAGCACUUAAAGGCAUAUAGUGGUUGUGAAGGUUUAGAUAUGCCACUUUAAGUAGUGAAGGAAGUACUAAGGACCUUGACACAGCUGUAACUUAGUUCACACCCAGCCUUGUUCAAUAAAGCAGAGGCAGCACGAAGUUUGAUCUUACUUUAAAAAAAAAAAAAUCAUCUCCUAAGGAACAGAAAUUUUGACUUGUCUAAGAUCCAGAAGAGUUUCUUGUUGGUGAGAAGUUUUUCCUUUCCCAAACAAUGGUGCACAAGCAUUUCCUAGCAUGUUACAGGCUUCUGCCUUGGCAGUAGUACCCUUCUUAAAAAGGGACAAGACAUAGAAUAGUAGAACUUUUAGAUAGCGUUAAGUGCGCUUGUUUCUUCUGUUCACCCUUUGAUAUUACACAUCAGUGCUCUCUUCGUGGGACAAAACACAGUGCAAACCAAACUGGCUUCUGAAGGCAGGCCAAACUUUUCCCCUUGGGCACUGGUGACCUUUCAGUAGGGAUUCCUAGCUGCCACACCCAGGCAACCCCAGCAUACCUCUGAGGAGCAAGUUUUUACAAGCAGAAGGUUCUCCUAGUCCAGAAUUCCUUGGAGAGGAAUAGGGGUUGCCACUGGGACUGCUCCUGCUGAAGCAGUUGAGCUUUUCAUAGAGGGACAGGGAAGAAAAUAGCUUUUAGUAAGAUUCCCUCUACCUACUACUACUAACUAAAUUAACUUCUACCUUUGCAAGACAGGGCUGCAAAACUGCUUGUGCCCCAUCCCACUUUUCACCUUUUUCUCCUACAAUGAGUUGAUCAGAUUGAGUUUUAAAAUUUGGUCCACCAUGAACUGUGAAUUUCCAGGGACCAGCGCUGCUCAUGUCAAUGUAACGUGAACAAGGUCUGUAUUGAUAAGAUAUGAAUGUUCUCAGCUAUUCCCAGUCCAGGAGGUAAGCCAGAGACUGGCUUGAUUGUAUAGUAUACACUUUACGGAAGCUAUUUAUAUAUGAAUGAAUGUAUAGAAAGGAAGGCAGGAGAAGCAAGACCUCUGAUUAAUUAACCUGGAAAGGCAGCUUUGGUUUCCAGACUGCAAUCUCCAAGCAAUACAGCUGUAUUAAAGGACUGACUGAGUUUUGAUUUUAGUAAACUUUAGUUUGCUGAUUUCAUACAAUGUACAAUUACCUUAAGAGAUGUUUGUGUCCCAACCGUGGGGUUUUUUACAAGUUUAAUCAAAAUUUAGUUGCAAAUAUGAAGGAGCUUUGUACAUUUUUUUUAAAACAAUUGUGAAUUGUCUAGAAUAGCUGUUUACAUCUUUUCUUUACAACAAAUAGGAAAUAUCACAACAGACUUAAAACUGGCAAAUCUUUAUAGAUUGAAUAGUAAAUGACAGAAGCUGUUGUUUUGGACUUUUGUAGUAAUUCAAAGGGAAAGUUGCUUUAGUGUUUAGACAGACCUAAGUGUUAAUAUUGUUUCUUGUAUUGCAUUUUUCAAUAAUUUUUCAAACUAC